AUUAUACGUGCGUAUUGCUACCGGCACCUUCAUUUGUUAGUAAUGUGGAAUCAUUAUUUUGCACUGUGUUUUCUUAUUGCUGUACAAUGUUGUAUUACUUCAAUAGGGAGUAGCAAUGUAAGGUCAGAGAUACUAUCCCAGAUGAUGGAGGGUUAUGAUAACACAAUGCAACCCACGAUCGAUGUCGAUGAGCCCACCGUUAUUGGAAUGCAAUUGUCCAUCAACCGUAUAAACUCCGUGGACGAAAUUCAAAUGGAUAUAACUUUGGACCUUGUCCUAGAGCGAAAUUGGGAAGACCACAGGCUCAAGUUCGACGGUAGUCGGAUCAACAGAACUUACAUGGAUAUGGACCCCAGACACGCCGGGUUUAUCUGGAUACCGGAUCUGUUUAUCCGAAACGAGAAGUCGGCAGAAUGGCAUUCCGUAACAAUACCCAACCGCAUGUUACGUCUCUAUGAAAAUGGCUCGGUAAUGUUUAUUUCCAGAAUCACUGUUACUGCAGCCUGCCCAAUGGACCUAUUUAUGUUCCCGUUUGAUACCCAGAAAUGCCCACUUAUUCUGCAAAGUUAUGCAUUCACGGAUGAGGAAAUGCAGUAUGAGUGGACAGAGGAACAGCUUGAUGACAGGCGUCACGUAAAACUGUCACACUUUGACAUUACGGAUGUCAAGUUUACAAAAUGUGCGACAAAUUUAAGGGGAAAUGAAUACUUUAAUGAGGGCCGUCGCCCGUGUCUCCAAGCAGAAUUUGUCUUGCAGAGGGACGUGGGAUACUACGUCCUAGAGGUGUAUAUACCUAGUAUGGUCCUGGUCAGUAUGUCUUGGAUAGCUUUCUGGAUCAGCAAGAACUCUCCCCCGGCCAGAGUGACCAUAGGCUUGACCUCGGUGCUGACCAUGGCGACAAUGAUGGCCAGCUUAAACUCCCAUCUUCCUAAGUCGUCCAUGCUGAAGGCCAUAGACGUGUGGCUGAAUGGUUGCCUGACCUUCGUUUUCUCAGCAUUCCUGGAGUAUGCUAUGGUCAGUGUCCAGAUAGCGAGUACCGAGAAAAGAAAAAUUGACAAGAUUGAGACAGAAGAAAGUGAAUGUAGACACAGUUAUGAGGAACACCAAGUGAGUUGAACUUUAACGACUGUAGACACACUGAUAACAUUGUGAAAAGAAUGAGCUUUAAAGCAAUUUAAUACAGUUAAGAAAUAAAGUACAUCUAAAUUAUAUUCAGAAAAAAAGUAAGUUCCAC